UAUUUAAUAGCCAAUGCAACUAAUCCAGAGAGUAAGGUCUUCUAUCUGAAAAUGAAGGGAGAUUAUUUCCGGUACCUUGCUGAAGUUGCAUGUGGUGAUGAUCGAAAACAAACGAUAGACAAUUCCCAAGGCGCUUACCAAGAGGCUUUUGAUAUAAGCAAGAAAGAGAUGCAGCCCACACACCCAAUCCGCCUGGGGCUGGCUCUAAACUUUUCUGUAUUUUACUAUGAGAUUCUUAAUAAUCCAGAGCUUGCCUGCACACUGGCAAAAACGGCUUUUGAUGAGGCCAUUGCAGAACUUGAUACACUGAAUGAAGACUCAUACAAAGAUAGCACCCUCAUCAUGCAGUUGCUUAGAGACAACUUAACAUUAUGGACAUCAGACAGCGCAGGAGAAGAAUGUGAUGCGGCAGAAGGGGCCGAAAACUAAACACAAACAGGGUGUAAACCUUCUCUUCAAGAAACCUUUUUACACAUCUCCAUUCCUUAUUCCACUUGGAUUUCCUAUAGCAGAGAAACCCAUUCAUGUGUAUGGAAUCAACUGUUCAUAGUCUUUUCACACUGCAGCUUUGGGAAAACUCCAUUCCUCGAUUUGUCUUUGUCUUGGCCUUCCUCGUGUGCAGUUACUGCUGUAGAAAAGUAUUAAUAGCUUCAUUUCAUAUACACAUAAGUAACUUCCAGACACUUAUGUAGAGGACUAAAAAUGUACCUGGUAUUUAAGUAAUCUAAACCAGUUCUACAAGUGACUGUGUUUUGUAUUACUGUGAAGAUACGAAAAUGUAGUGAAUUACAACUUGAAGUGUGUUCUACAUAACUUCCUUAUUUCUACAUUCCCUCCCUUACUCUUCUUUGGGGGUUUCCUUUCAGAAAGCAACUUUUCCAUGCUCUUAUGUAUUCCUUUUUAGGAGGAAUCCAGACGUAUUAGAUUGAGUGGGAAAGCACUUGAUGUUUCUGGGCUGAGGGCUUACAAAUUGAAAUACCUCCUGUUUCACUUUUUAAUGGAGGUCAUGUGUGUGACAACAGGGAGUUUCCUAUUCAUUCUUCAUUUGCUGCUGUUUAAGUUGACAACUUCCCUACCCAAUAAAAAUUCACUUACACCUCCUGCCUUUGUAGUUCUGGUAUUCACUUCACUAUGUAAUAGAAGUAGCAUGUUGCUGCCAGAAUACAAGCAUUGCUUUUGGCAAAUUAAAGUGCAUGUCAUUUCUUAAUACACUAGAAAGGGGAAAUAAAGUAUACAAGUCCAAGUUUAAAACUUUAGUACUUUUCCAUGCAGAUUUGUGCACAUAUGAGAGGGUGUCCAGUUUGUCUUAGUGAUUGUUCUUUAGAGAGUUGGACCACUAUUAUGUGUUGCUAAUCAUUGACUGUAGUCCCAAAAAAGCCUUGUGAAAAUGUUAUGCCCUAUGUAACAGCAGAGUAACAUAAAAAUAAAAUUACAUUUUAUAAAACCAUUUACUAUGGCUUUGUAACAAUUGCAUACCCAUAUUUUAAGGGACAGGUGAAUUUACUACUUUCUGAAGUUUAUUGAUACUUUUAUGUAAAAUGUAGUGGCACCUUAUCUCUGCAUUGUGAUACCAUUGUCGGAUGCCUGGGAAGGUGUAAAAUUGGAUUACAUUUCUUAGAGUGUCUUGCUGUAGGCCAGUCGCGUGGACCAACCCUUCUUCAGAUGUAAAUGAGAAUCUGGUGAAGUGUUAUAUGGAAUAAAGUGGACAUUUUAAAAC